AAAAUGACUCGAAGUAGUCUUUUCGAGGAGUUGGCGGAGAUCGCCAAAGAGCGUAUCAUGAUCAUCGACGGUGCAAUGGGAACAAUGAUUCAGAGAGAGUAUAUGGAAGAGGAAGAUUUUCGUGGAGAGAUCCUCAAAGACCACGACAAGCCACUGAAAGGAAACAAUGAUCUUCUAUCCAUCACCCGCCCAGAUAUCAUCUACAAAAUCCACAAGCUCUACUUGGAAGCCGGAGCAGACUUUGUCGAGACUAACACAUUCUCAGGAACCACAAUUGCACAAGCAGAUUAUCGAUGUGAACAUUUGGUGCAUGAAAUCAAUUAUCAGUCGGCACUCGUCGCCAGAAGAGCUUGUGAUGAUGUUGGAGCAGCUACUGGUAGACGUCGAUAUGUGUGCGGAGCCAUUGGACCUACGAACAGAACUCUCUCAAUUUCGCCAUCUGUGGAGAAGCCGGAUUUUCGUAACGUUACAUUCCAAGAGCUCGUGAAAGCAUACGGAGAUCAAGCUCGCUCACUUAUUCAAGGAGGAGUCGACGUGCUUCUCGUGGAAACUGUUUUCGAUUCAGCCAACGCCAAAGCUGCUCUUUUCGCGAUUCGCACACUUUUCGAGGAUGAAGGAGUUCCAGAAAUGCCAGUUUUUCUUUCUGGAACUAUUGUUGAUAUGUCUGGACGUACGCUUUCUGGUCAAACUGGUGAAGCUUUCCUUGUGUCCACCAAGCAAGGAAAACCAAUGGCUGUAGGAUUGAAUUGUGCUCUUGGAGCCAAAGAUAUGAGACAAUUUGUGGAUAAUAUGUCGAAGUGGUCUGAUUCUUUCAUCAUCUGUUAUCCAAAUGCUGGUCUUCCCAAUGCACUCGGAGGCUACGACGAAACUCCUGAAGAGAUGGCUGAUGUUCUUCGAGAAUUCGCUAGAGACGGACUUGUGAAUAUCAUUGGUGGAUGCUGUGGUACUACUCCAGAUCACAUUAAUGCCAUGUACAAGGCUGUGCAAGGAAUCACACCACGUGUCCCACCACAAGAUCCUCAUGCUGGAAAAAUGCUGCUCUCUGGACUUGAGCCAUCUAUCGUCGGGCCCGAAACCAAUUUUGUGAACAUCGGGGAGCGCUGUAACGUCGCAGGAUCUCGUCGAUUCUGUAACCUUAUUAAAAAUGAGAAUUACGAUACGGCGAUUGACGUGGCUCGUGUGCAAGUCGACAGUGGAGCUCAAAUUCUAGAUGUGAAUAUGGAUGAUGGUCUUCUUGAUGGUCCAUAUGCAAUGUCAAAGUUCCUUCGUCUCAUAUCCUCGGAGCCAGAUGUCGCCAAAAUUCCAGUUUGCAUUGAUUCUUCGGAUUUCGAUGUUAUUAUUGCUGGCCUCGAGUCUACUCAAGGAAAAUGUGUAGUCAACUCGAUUUCGCUGAAGGAAGGAGAAGAAAAGUUCAAGGAACGUGCUCGAAUCAUCAAGCGAUACGGUGCUGCUGUGGUCGUGAUGGCGUUCGAUGAACAAGGGCAAGCUGCGGAGACGGAUCCGAAGUUCGAGAUUUGCGAAAGAUCCUACAGAAUUCUUACGGAAGAGGUUGGAUUCAAUCCAAAUGAUAUCAUUUUUGACGCCAACAUUCUCACUAUUGCAACUGGAAUGGAAGAGCAUUCGAACUAUGGAAUGUAUUUUAUUGAGGCAGCUCGUAUGAUAAGAGAGAAUCUGCCAGGAGCUCAUGUGUCUGGAGGUGUAUCCAAUAUUUCAUUCUCAUUCCGUGGAAUGGAAGCGAUUCGUGAAGCUAUGCAUUCCGUGUUUCUGUUCUACGCAAUCAAAGCUGGAAUGGACAUGGGAAUCGUGAACGCUGGAGCUCUUCCAGUUUACGAGGAUAUUGAUAAGCCACUUCUGCAACUUCUAGAAGAUCUUCUUUUCAAUCGGGAUCCAGAAGCGACCGAAAAGCUUCUUGUCGCUGCUCAAGAAAUGAAGAAGGACGGAAAGAAGGCUGACACGAAGACUGAUGAAUGGAGAUCAUUGACUGUAGAGGAACGUCUGAAGUUUGCUCUCGUGAAGGGAGUUGAUCAGUUUGUUGUCGCUGAUACCGAAGAAGCUAGACAGAAUACUGCGAAAUAUCCAAGACCUUUGAACGUUAUUGAACGACCAUUGAUGGAUGGAAUGGCAGUCGUUGGAGAGCUGUUCGGAGCCGGAAAAAUGUUCCUCCCACAAGUUAUCAAAUCAGCCAGAGUUAUGAAGAAAGCAGUUGCUCAUCUUCUUCCAUUUAUGGAAAUUGAACGACAAGCUAAUAUUGAGACCAUGGGGCUGGCUGAAGAUGAAAGUCCAUAUCAGGGUACUGUAGUUAUUGCUACAGUCAAAGGAGAUGUUCAUGACAUUGGAAAGAAUAUUGUGUCUGUUGUGUUGGGAUGCAAUAAUUUCAAAGUUGUCGAUCUUGGCGUCAUGACUCCCUGCGAAAACAUCAUCAAGGCUGCAAUUGAGGAGAAGGCUGACUUUAUCGGACUCUCUGGACUCAUUACACCUUCUCUCGAUGAAAUGGUAUAUGUUGCCAAAGAGAUGAACAGAGUUGGAUUGAAUAUUCCAUUGCUCAUUGGCGGAGCUACAACUUCCAAAACCCAUACUGCUGUCAAGAUCUCUCCAAGAUAUCCUCAUCCAGUUGUACAUUGUUUGGAUGCUUCAAAGUCUGUUGUAGUGUGCUCUUCGCUGUCUGAUAUGUCUGUUCGUGAUGCUUUCUUGCAAGAUUUGAAUGAAGAUUAUGAAGAUGUGCGCCAAGAACAUUACGCUUCACUGAAAGAUCGCCGCUUCACUGAUCUCAAUAAAACCCGCGAGAAGAAAUUCAAGAUCGACUGGGACAAGUUUACAGCCGUCAAGCCUUCCUUUGUCGGACGCCGUGAAUAUCAAAACUUUGAUCUCAACGAAUUGAUUCCCUACAUUGAUUGGAAGCCGUUCUUCGAUGUUUGGCAACUGAGAGGAAAAUACCCGAAUCGCAGUUAUCCGAAGAUCUUUGAUGACGCGGAUGUUGGUGCUGAGGCCAAGAAGGUUUUCGAUGAUGCUCAAACAUGGCUCAAGAAGCUUAUCGAUGAGAAGAUUCUCGUCGCCAACGCUGUUGUUUCAUUCCUCCCAGCUGCUUCUGAAGGCGAUGAUAUGCAUGUCUAUGAUCCAGAGACUGGAAACAAGCUCGACACAUUCUACGGUCUUCGCCAACAAUCUGGACGUGAACACGAUCAACCACAUUUCUGUCUCUCGGAUUUCAUCAAGCCACUCAAAAAUGGCGUCCCUGAUGAUUACCUUGGUCUAUUCGCUUGUACUGCUGGUCUCGGAGCCGAAGAAUACUGUAAAACUCUUGAAAAGAAUCAUGAUGAUUAUGCUUCAAUUAUGGUGAAAGCUCUUGCCGAUCGUCUUGCCGAAGCAUACGCUGAAUACUUGCACAAAGAAGUGAGAACGACUCUUUGGGGAUAUUCAACCAACGAAGAUCUCACCGAAUCUGAUCUUUUGUCGAUCAAAUAUCAAGGUAUUCGCCCGGCGUGUGGCUAUCCAUCUCAACCGGAUCACACUGAAAAGCGAACUCUUUGGAAGCUGCUUGAGGCGGAAAAGAAUGGAAUUGGGCUCACGGAGCAUCUUGCUAUGCUUCCAGCUGCAUCAGUGUCUGGACUCUAUUUCGCGAAUCCACAGAGUGAAUAUUUCGCUGUUGGAAAGAUUGAUCAAGAUCAGGUAAUCGAUUACGCCGCCAGAAAGAAUGUGCCAAAGGAAGAAGUUGAGCGAUGGCUAUCACCAAUUCUUGGCUAUGAUACGGAUUAAACUGCAUAUCUUCUCUACUCGUACUUCUAAUGAUGAAACAUAUUACCAGAAUACGUAUUUCACUUCCCUCCCCUCAAUCGGUCCCUUCAAGGGUUUUCCCCCUAACAUUUCACUUUCCCGGAAUUUAUAGCCUACUAUUAGUAGUAUCAAAGUAUUAAUUUUGUUUGAUUAAAUAAUAAAUAUGAUUUUUUGAAU